AUGGGAAAAACACGGAGACACAGCAAGGGGAAGCAGAAGAAAUUAGAACCAUACCACAAACGACUUCAAAGAACCUUUGACGACAACCUUGACACAUCCAUUCCUGAACCCGACAUUCCUUCUGAGCUCAUUCAUUUCUUCACACUCCCUGAACAUGCACGAUCCCAAAAAAACAUUGACACUGUCCUUCAACGUCUAAACACUCUCAACCUUGGUCCACCUCGCCAGCUCACCCUAUCCAUACCUCAAGGCGUGAUCAGUUCUAUCAAAGCAAAUGGACUUCCCUUCCAUGUUCUUCGUAUACCACACAUGAUUCCUCAGACCAACAUAGACACCAUCUUAUCUUCCUUUCACACCUUUAACGACCUGAAACCCUUUAAACAUGUUUCUCAUUCACAAAAACGGGACGGAAUUGAAGGGCUUCAUCCUUUCCAUUUAGGCAUAGUGAGACGACAAGGUAAUACCAUUGGAGUUAGCAAGGACACCAGUCAAACAACAAGGAAGAUGAUCGACAAACCAACCAAAAAACAAGAUGAAAGACGUCAAGCAGCACUUGACAUUCUGCGUCUCCUCGAAAAGUUUGUCUGCACCCCUGUCAAACGGCAAUAUUCAUAUGUGGACAAAGAGACAGUCGAUUAUUCCUUCUUUCUAAAUCAUCAAGGACGUGAUAUGACCGCUGCUGAAGGAACAAUUUAUAGAGGAGAGGAGACAGAAAAAAUUGGUUACAGUAAAAAGGGAAAUGGGAGUGGAAUGAGAUUUGGUGGUAUGGCAAUGGCGGUGGCAAUUGGGUAUGGUGAGGCUCGUCUCCCUCACCUUGACCAGAAUGAUGUGGACUCUAUUCCCACCUUCUUCACUCAACUAUCCGGUGAUCCAGGCUUCACUCGAUUCCCUCAACUCCAUGUUGAUGCUUGUCUUGGUGUUGGUGAUGUUCUCAUAGCCCCCACCUCUAAUCUCAUUCAUCACGCUGUUGGAGAAGGUCCUGCAAGGAAAGAUAGAAUAAUUGCGAUAUUUUAUACAUGCCGUCAUGUUGAGAGUCUGUUGGGGAAGCAGGAGGGUGGUAAGGUAGUUAGUGGACCAUUGGAGGGUGUAGAUUCAGAUGAUCUCAUCAUCUUUGACGAAGAUGAGAUUAGUGAGGAGACAGGCUACGAGGAAGUAAUUGAAUGA